CCUUCCAUUUCAGUGUAUAAUGAACUCAAUAUUUGUCAUCCACCCCUGCGCAUAAUGCACUCAAUGAGUGCUACCGCAACAGCGCCUUUCAGACAGACAACCUUAACUGUCUCCUCUCUUUCGAGUGCUGACCGCCAUACAGAGAGUGUUACAUUGAACUGAGUGUGCUGAGUGCAAGCCAGUCGAAAUGGCAAACGAAGGCAAAUAUGUCCGACCAGUCGGUUCCCUAUCCGAAGAGGGAGAAAUUUUGAACGACGAGGAGGAGAAUUUGAUCGUCGGUGGCGACUCAGCUAGCAGGAAUACGUCUACAGACCAUCAAGCCGAUUCAAACAGUGAUAGUGCUGACGACACCAGUAGCAGCUCAGACAGCGAAAAUUACGUUUCUGACAUCGGUGACAGCAACGCCACAGAAAAGGUCACGUGUAUUACUAGCCCAUCAUCAGGCACAGCUUCUCAGGCUUCGAACUACAUCGAAUCUCAUCUCAUUCCUGAAACUGUCUCGGUUGGAAAUACCAGUAGCGAUAUAACAGAACAAGCAAGAAACACGGAACGAAUGGACCGGAUGGAAAAAAUGAUCGCUGGCAUAAAUGAGGCUUUGAUGCGUUUUCAGCCCACACCCAGAACCACUCCCAGUGAAAGUCAGGACAACAGCUGGAACCUAUCCAACGAUGUCAAUUCUUGCACAAACUCCAGCGGAAGUAACUCCUCCAGCAUUCGAUGGGAACAUAUAAAACCGUUUCUAGUGGCAUCGCUGCCAACAAAAUGUGGGAGGAGUGGAACCGCUACCUCGAAAAUUUCGAGAUUGCAGCUUCGCUCAGCAACAUGA